AUGAGCUCGGCGCCUCCUGACGAUGGCGUUGUUCCUUCCUCCGUCACCAUGCCCAGGGAGGGGCAGAGGAUCAAGUACUCGAGGGAGCUCCUGCUCGCCGUCGCCAGCUCCGACGCCUGCAAGGUGCUGCCCGCGGGCGUCGACCUGUCCAAGCACCCCGAUGACGUGAAACUCUGGGUUCGCGCGGAGACUUGGGCCGCCCGCUCGGUUGGAGGAGCAGCACCUGGACGCCAAGGGAAGUCGGAAUUGCCUCAGCGAGCGCGAGAGCCGGAGUCUUUUCAAGCAGGCGUAGGAAGCAAAUCGAAGCCAUGCAUCAGAUUCUUCAGUACUGCAGGUUGCCGCUUUGGUGACAACUGUCGCUUCAUCCACUACAUCCCGGGCGGCUACGUGGCCGUCGAGAAACUGGGCAUCCUGAGUGGCGCAGCUCCAGCUCUUCCACCAGCACAAGGCGUGGAGAAUCCCGGCAAGCAUUUGUCCAUGGACAACUCGACGCAACCACCCACAGAACCAACUCCUACCGGUGACCAUGCACUUCAAGCACAGACGGCGCCCGACCCCCGCAAGGAAGCGGUGGCGAGCUUCGGCGCUUCGUCGACGGCCAAGAUCAGCGUGGACGCGUCCCUCACGGGCGCCAUCAUCGGGCGUGGCGGAGCCACCAUAAAGCAGAUAUCCCGGGCCAGCGGCGCCAGGCUGCGCGUCCGCGACCACGACUGGGACGCCGACUUGAAGAACGUGGAGCUGGAGGGCACGUUCGACCAGAUCAAGAAUGCUUACGAUAUGGCCAUGGAGCAGCUGAUCCACGUUGUCAACCACGACGGCGGCGGUGCCCCUUCGCCUGCGGCAGGAGCAAAUACGACGUCUCACGGCGGCGGAUGGCAAUUAGACAGCUUCAAGACCAAGCUCUGCGGGCACUUCGCCAGGGGAUGCUGCACUCAUGGCGACGGGUGCCGCUUCGCCCACGGCAAGAGCGAGCUGCGCAGGCCGGUUCCUGCUCCUCGUGAUCCGGGUGGUUGGUAGCGAUCGACCG